UAAAGUUGAAGCGAAUUCAACGGUCUUUUAGCGCUGUAUUCAUCGCAUAGUUGUCUCGCAUUUAAACAUUAGCUGACAGUCAGUGCAGUCGUUGCAGUCAUUGCCACGAAAGUGAUUGUAUUGUUGCCAACAAUUAAGGCAUUCAUUGAAACAGUCAUUCAAAUCGACCACACAUUCAAUCCCUCACACAAUCACUGACUCUUUAAUUAUCACUUCAUUUGAAUCGUGUCUUUAAAUUAUUUGAUCCUUUGUCUCAAUUGCUCUUUAAAAUGUCUUCACACAACGGUUUAGGUCAGCGAAGAAGUAAUAUACCGGCGAAUAGGGGACGCCUUCCUCUGGCGGUGUCUAUGCGACAGAACCGGGUGUUGGCGGACACGACCGGCAGAGCUCUUCAUAACGCCGUGAAAGCCGUCGCCACUCGAAGCACACGCCUGAAGGCCACCCGAGGAGUGAACGACGAGAACGCAGAGGCGACCACUUCUCGAGUGCCCAUCACAUCCAAGAUCCCAAUCGAUGCGCUCAAGAAGAAGAUUAAGCUUAAGGCCGAACCCAAAGUCGAGGUCAAAGCGCCUGAAGAGUUGGCCUUCUCUUCACAAAUGAUUCCCGACAACGUCGAGGAUAUUGACGUAAAUGACGGCAAUAAUGUGUUCCUCACUCCGGAUUACGUCUAUGAGAUCUAUGGAUAUUUAAGACAAUUAGAGAGCGAACAGAGCAUUGGAUGCAACUUCUUGUCCGUACAGAAGGAGAUGACUCCCAGAAUGCGGUCGGUUCUCAUUGAUUGGCUGAUCAAUGUUCACCACCAGUUCAGACUCCUUCCCGAGACCUUAUACCUCGGGAUCUCCAUUAUGGACAGAUUUUUUCAGAAAGAGGUGAUCAGCAAAGAUAAGAUCCAAUUGGUCGGAGUGACCGCGUUCUUCAUUGCCAGCAAAUUCGAGGAGAUAUAUCCGCCCGAUAUUAAGGACUUUGUCAUGAUUUGCGACAAACUCUACCACAAGAGAGACAUAAUUAAGAUGGAACUGGCCAUCCUUAAGGCACUGAACUUCGAGUUGGGACGACCCCUACCGCUGCAUUUCUUGCGCCGCAACUCGAAGGCCGGUCACGCGGACUCGAGGAUCCACUCUCUGGCCAAAUACCUCAUGGAACUCACUUUAGUGGAGUACGAGUGCGCGCAUUGGAAGCCCUCCCUAUUGGCCGCCGUCUCCCUAUACGUUACGCUCAGAGUUUUGGCCGAUAGUGACGACUCGUCGCCCAAAUGGACGCCAACUCUGGAGUAUUACAGCAAUUAUAACGAAUCACAGCUUAUGGCCGGCGCUUCUCUGGUCUGCAAAAUUAUUCUCAAAUCGGAAAGAUCUAAAUUCCAAAAUUGUCGUCAAAAGUAUUCUUCAGCCAAAUUGAUGGAAAUCUCACGAAUCCCUCAAUUGAAGGCUCCGGUCAUCGAUGAGAUCGCCGCUCUUCACCCAUAAGACACCAUUUGCUUCACAUUUUAAUCUACUUUUAUUUCUUUUAUUACCAUAAUUUAGUCGUUUGGCUAAAAUGAUUAUUUUAAUUUGAUUUUAAAUAAACACUUUGAUUUACGGUAUCAUACAUACAGUAUCUUAGAUAGCAUUUUAUAAAUCUGUAUAUUUUUAUGUCAAUCGUAUUUAAACGCAAGC